UUCGAUUAUUUUAUAUCAACUUCCUCGAAUUGCAGUCGGCGAUAAGCCGUGGGCUGUUUCGAUUAUUUAAACCAAAUUUGGGCGUGAGGUAAUGGUCAGUUUUGGUUGGCAGGCCGGUAUAGGAACAAGAUAUGAAUGUGACAUGGACAGUAGUUGCUCUAGUGUUGGUGGUUUUUGGAACUGCUGCAAGCGGUCAAGCUAAUCGAUGUGCAGACCGGCCAGAUUUUUCGUUUGUCAAAGAUGAAGAGUACUGCUAUCGGUUCUCUAUUUGCAUCAAUGGAUUCCCUUAUCCGAUGAGAUGCAGCGGUGAUCUCUGGUUCGACGAAGAAGCUCAAAGCUGCGGUAGUUCUGAACUGGUCACGUGUGACGUUGAAACACCAACUACUCCGGCUCCGGUGCCAGGAAUUUGUGACGGAGUCAAAGAUAAUGAACUGGUACUGCAUCCAUACUUUUGCAAUACAUACUUCAUAUGUAUAGGAGAAGUAGGAACUCCGGUGGUUUGCCCAUCGGGAAUGUGGUUUGACCGCGAACGUCAGAUUUGUGGUGAUCCUGCGGAUAUUAGUUGCCCGCAUGGUCCGGCUGGUGCGGCUAGAUGUCGAUCGGAGGAAAACUUGGCUCUUGUGCCGAGUAAUCGAUUCUGCAAUCGUUACUACCAGUGUGUCAAUGGAUUUCCAUUUCCCAUGAUCUGUCCCGAUAACCAGUGGUUCGAUGCUGUCAGAGAUGUUUGUGAUGACAGAAGCAGCAUGCAGUGUGAUAUGGAACCGGGUGAACCGGUUGAACCGCCUCCGCUAAAUAUUUGCGAUGCAACGCCGAAUAAUUUCCUAACGGCACAUCCUACAGCGUGUAACAAAUAUUUCGUCUGCGUCAAUCAAGUAGGCUGGUCAAAAAUGUGUCCACUGAACUUAUGGUUCGAUGCAGCCGGUCAAACGUGUGUUCGUGCUGGCGUAGUAGACUGCCCGUUAGGACCGCCGAUGCCACCUGAAACCACUACUACUCCAUUCAGUCGAUGUGAUGAUGUUCCAAACCUGUCAUUUGUAGCUGGUGAUGAAUUCUGUUAUCGCUAUUAUCAGUGCCGCAACGGAGUCCCCUUCCCGAUGAUUUGUCCGGGAAACUUGUGGUUCUCGGAACAAGCUCAAGAUUGUUUGGACCCUGAGACAGUCCAAUGUGACAAUGACGAUUCUCCGCCACCGGUAACGCCAACUCCCGGGGUCUGCACUGAUGUCGAAAAUGGUGCCUUUGUUCGGCAUCCACUUCACUGCAAUCAAUACUAUCUAUGUGUAGGAGAACUCGGUAUCUCGUUGAUCUGCCCGGCUGGUCAGUGGUUCGAUGAACCGAACCAGACUUGCAACAGCCCACUGAACGUAGAGUGUCCUCAUGGUCCAACAACGCCGGCUCCGGACCCAUUCGCUGUAUGCCACGGUAUUUUUGAAUACCACUUCGUACGGAACCAGGACUACUGUUACCGCUACAUCCAGUGUAUUGGAGGUACACCAUUUCCUCUCAUCUGCCACGAUGGAAUGUGGUUCGACGAAGAUCGCCAGACUUGCGACCGCUCGGAUUAUGUUGAAUGUGAUGGCAUCGAACCGCCAAUCGUUCGGCCACCAGAUCACUCCGGCAUUUGCGAGGGAAUUGAGGAUGGUAUCCUUGCUCCACAUGACACUUUCUGCAAUGAAUAUUUCCUGUGCGUCCACGAAAUCGGUUGGCCUAUUAUCUGCCCCAUAGGAUUGUGGUUCGACGAGGAACAGCAAACAUGUUCUCCCGCUGGCCGAGUCAGCUGUAAACUAGCUCCAGAGCAUCCACCGGUAACCGAAAGCCCGUACGCCAUGUGUAAAGGUAUUCCGGAAAAUGCUUACGUUCGUGAUUCGGAAUAUUGCUACCGUUUCUUCAAAUGCGUCAGUGGAUCUCCAUUCCCAAUGACCUGUCCCGUCGAUCAGUUUUUCGACGAACGACAACAACGCUGUCGAAACUCAACCGAAGUCACGUGCCCAAUCGAAGAUCAAACACGGCCACCACCGACUGCGGGUGUUUGUGUUGGAGUGGAAAACUCCGUUCAAGUGCCAAACCGAAGAACCUGUAACCAGUUCUACACCUGUGUUGACGAAGUUCCGUUCCCGCAAAUCUGUGGAGUAGGUCUCUGGUUCGAUGAAGCCAGGCAGACCUGCUCACAACCAUGGGAAACGACCUGCGAUCUAGGACCUCCCACUACGACAACCAAUGCUCCGCAUCCGUGGGCGCUGUGUGAAGAUGUUCCAAACUAUUCGUACGUUCCUAGCCCCAACUACUGCUACCGGUUCUUCCAGUGUAUUGACGGAGCCCCUUUCCCAAUGACUUGUUCCGGUAAUCUGUGGUUCGAUCCAGAUCGUCAAAUCUGCGCUAAUCCAGAGGAAGUCGCAUGUAUAGUCAAUCCUAACCCACCAAUCGUUCCACCGACUCCCGGUAUCUGUAGCGGAAUUGACAACGGACGCCAGGUUCGAGGACCACGCGCCUGCAACCAGUUCUACGUUUGUGUCGACGAAAUCGGUUACUCGCUGGUAUGUCCUGAUGGACUAUGGUUUGACGAAUUCCAUCAGAUCUGUUCAGCACCGUCGUAUACCUACUGUCCGUUGGCACCAGUGGUUACAACCCCAUCACCGUACGAACGCUGCGAGAAUGUCCCCGAUUUGCGAAUGGUUCGAAACGACUUCUACUGCUACCGGUACUACCAGUGUGUCAACGACGUCCCGUAUCCAAUGAUCUGUCGAGCCGGACUUUGGUUCGAUGUGGAACGUCAGUUGUGCGAUUUGAGUCUCAACGUCCACUGCGAUCUGCGACCGGGAUCACCUGGACCAAUCAUUCCUACUCCCGCAAUCUGUGAAGGCAUCCCCAAUGGAAACUUUGAGAGGAAUUGGAACUUCUGCAAUCAAUACUAUCUGUGCGUCGAUGAGGAAGCUUACCCUCAGAUAUGCCCGGAUGGUUUGUGGUUCGAUGACUACCGACAGUCGUGUGAUAGGCCGGAAAAAGUGUACUGUCCUUUGGGAGCCUCGACUGCCGAGCCAACACCGGAGGAACGCUGCUACGGAGUCCCAGAUUUAUCCUACCUCUCCAAUGACGGCUACUGCUAUCGUUACUUCCAAUGCGUUGAUGGUGUACCGUAUCCGCUGAUAUGCAACAGUCAUCUAUGGUUCUCGGAAGAAUCCCAGUCUUGCCUAACGACCGAUGAAGUGAGUUGUGAGGGAGAAAACCAUCCACCGGUAGUACCACCGACGGAAGGAAUUUGCACCGGAGUUGAAAACGGUCGCCAAGUACUGCAUCCCGUAUUCUGUAAUCAGUUCUACGUUUGCAUCGAUGAAGUUGGCUUUGCUCAGAUCUGUCCCUUUGGACUGUGGUUCGAUGAGCCUCAGCAAAGUUGCAGCUCACCUCCGGACGUCGAAUGUCCUCACGGUCUUGUGCCGACGGCAUCUCCAAUCGAAAAUAUUUGUCUCGAUAAACCGACCGGUGCGAAGGUAGCUAAUCCGAUCGAGUGUGAGUGGUUCUACAUCUGCAUCGAUGGUAAUCCAUUCCGAUCUCCUUGCCCGGAGCAAAUGCUAUUUGAUCGGAACUUGCUGCAGUGCGUUCCGGCUGAUGAGGCCGAUUGUGCUACCGUGGUAACGACAGUUCCUACUCCAGGACCAUGCUACGGUGUCGAGGAUUAUACGUUGGUACGAAAUCCGUACAAUUGCGCCGGCUACUACGAAUGUGUCGGAGGGUACGGUCGUCCGUCAUAUUGUCCUCCAGGGGAGUACUUCAGUGAGGAGUUACAACAGUGUGACGCAGCGGAUAAUGUUGAUUGCAGUGUGGAGGGUUCGUCGCCGGAGGAGGACGAGGAGUUUGAGAAGCUUUUGUCGAUGGAAGGAGUUGAAAUAAUCUAAGUGAGUGAAGUGUUUUGCUGAUGUAAUAUACGUUGACAGUGUUGUGAUAGGUGUAUCAAUUUAUUAGGAUAUAACAAUAAAAUUACCUGUAAAACGAG